AUGACAAAAGUAUAUACAAGAGAAGACAGAAAACAAUAUGGAUUGAACAUUCCAGAAGGAUUUAAUGUAAUUGGUGAUGAAUGUUUUGAAGGAUGUUGUGAUAUUGAUAAAAUUGAUAUCCCCACAUAUAUUACAUCAUUAGGAAAUAAAUGUUUUUAUGAAUGUUCAUCAUUAAAAUCUAUUAACAUACCAACUUCUGUUAUUAAAAUUGGAGAUGAAUGUUUUAGUGGAUGCGAAUCAUUAAAGUCAGUAAAUAUACCAUCAUCAGUUAGUGAAUUAGGGGUUAUUAAAAUAGGAUGUGAAUGUUUUUUAUAUUGUACGUCAUUAAAAUCAGUUGAUAUACCAUCACCAAUUAUUAAAAUAGGGUAUCUGUGUUUUGAGGGUUGUGAAUCAUUAACAAGUAUAAAUAUUGAAAACGUUCAAUUUAUUAGUGAGGGUAGAAUGUUUGUAGGAAAAGAAAAACUAGUAUCAAUUCCUAUUAAUAACUUAAAAAGAAUUAAUGGAAGACCAAUACGAGAAAGAGAUAUUAAUGAAUUUGUUAUUCCUACAUCAAUUAGAAAAAUAGGAGAUGGGUGUUUUAGUGAAUGUUCAUCAUUAAAAUCAAUUAAUAUACCAUCAUCAGUUAAAGAAAUAGGAUAUGAAUGUUUUGGUGGAUGUAAAUGUGAAAAAAAACUAAAGAACGAUAAGAGAAUAGGGAAAAUCUACGUCCAUUGUGCUUAUUAUGAUGACACAUGUGUUGUUGUCUAA